CUGUGUGUGUGUCUCUCCUCGUCGGAAGCCCUCAGGCCUCACUAAUCUAACCUUUGAGCCUCUUCAUCUUCUAGAUUGAGAAGAGUUAGCAGCAGCAGCGCCGAGAAUGCGCACUCCUCGCUCUCUCCUUCUUCUUCUCCAUCUCAAUCUCCAGAGAUCUUAAAGCUUAAAUCUCCAAUUCUUAAUCUUCUUCCUUCCCCCAUGUGAUUCCUGGUUUCCCUCUAAUCUGUAAUCUUCCAUCACCACUCUUGGUCCUCUUCGUCUCUGAUUCCAGGGAACCAUGGGGAAGAAAGUUAAGAAGAAGAACAACCGAGCUCCUCCGAAGGAGAAGCGGGUAUCUUCAAUUUCGCCGAGCACGGUGCCCCAACAAAGCAGCACAACAGUGGAGAUUGCUGGUGAUGAUGCGUCAGUUGUUAAGGAGAAAAGGGAAUGCCGACAUCUUGAUAAAUGCCUUAAUUUAAGUGAGUUAUCAUCUAAAAUUGGGUCCUCGGAACCUAUAAACUGUGAAGAUUGUCAAGAAAGUUCGGCUGAUAGAAGGGGCAGUAAGGGGAAGGCUAAACAUGGGAAGAAAAAGGGGGGAGCUCCAGUGGAUGUAAAGUCUGAUUCCAAAGCUAUUUGGAUAUGUUUGCAGUGUGGGCAUUAUGCAUGUGGGGGGAUUGGACUUCCAACAAACUCUCAGAGUCAUGCUGUUCGGCAUGUCAGGCAAACUCGUCACCCUGUGGUGAUUCAGUUCGAAAACCCACAGCUUCGAUGGUGUUUCUCUUGCAAUACACUAAUUCCAGUGGAGAAAACUGAAGAGAACGCUGACCAGAAAGAUGGCUUGUCUAAUGUGGUGAAAUUAAUUAGAGACCGGUCGAUGGAAGGCUCACCUGUGGAUGUCGAGAACACAUGGCGUGCAAGUAGUGAAGUUACAGCUGCAACUAAAUCAGAAAGUUCUAUAUUAAGUGAUUUGGACAGAAGAAAUCAUUAUGUUGUAAAAGGCUUGAUUAAUCUAGGUAACACUUGUUUUUUCAAUUCCAUCCUUCAAAAUCUCUUGGCCAUCGAUAUGUUGAGAGAUUAUUUCUUGAAAUUGGAAGAGUGUGUUGGACCUCUGACUAUAGCUUUGAAGAAGCUCUUUAUUGAAGUAAGAAUGGAAGGCAAAAUUAAAGGUUCAAUAAAUCCAAGAUCAGUUUUUGGUUGCAUUUCUUCCAAAGCUCCUCAGUUCAAAGGAUACGAUCAACAUGAUAGUCACGAAUUGCUUCGUGUUCUGCUUGAUGGAUUGUCUACUGAAGAGCUGGCUUCGAGGAAGAUGACAAAGUCCAAGGAAGAGAAAACAUCUGGAAAUUCCACUCCUACUUUUGUAGAUGAGAUGUUUGGGGGGCAAAUAUCAAGUGCUGUAUGUUGCAUAGAAUGUGGCCACACAUCGACAGUUUAUGAACCAUUUCUAGAUCUCUCUCUUCCUGUUCCGAUUAAGAAACCGUUGGCCAAAAAGGUCCAACCAGUAUCUCGAGCAAAGAAGACAAAAGUGCCACCCAAGAGAAGUGGAAAAACUUUCCCUAAAACCGAGAAGGCUUCAGAUGUUGUAUCAGUUCAAAUUGCCUCAGUUCCAUCAUCCAGCAGUGAGUCUUCCCUUCCAGCAGAGGCCAGUUCCAUUGGCACAUCUACCAUUAUGGAGAAGACUUUGAGUUCUCAGAACGUCUCAGAUGUUAAAGAGUCUGAAAAAGAAGUAUUGAUUGAGAAUGGAGGAGAAUGUACUUCAGAUAGUCUGACGUGGUUGGAUUUCCUCGGACCAGAACCGAAUGCAGAAAAUUGCAAUACUUCCACUACCCAGGACUCUGAAAACAAUGUUGAAGUCUUUAUUAAUGACGAUUCACAACAAAGCAUCUCUGGGUCGAGUAAUCAGGGGUCAUCCCUUCACAACGAGCCCAGUCAACAACCAGAUUUUUCUUCAAUUAAUUUGUGGGAUGAUGAAUCUCCUUUACAGGUUCAAGCCUCUGAAGUUUUGCUGCUUCCUUACAAGGAAGAGAGUUCCACUACUGAAGUAGCAAAAGAAGAUGACCAGGCUUCCUCAUCAAUUUUGGGCUGUGCUCAAGAUGAUCUUGAUGGAUUUGGCCUUGGGGAUAUGUUUGAUGAGCCUGAGAUCACUGUAGGGCCCCUUCCGAGGCCCUCCACUGUGAAUGAAGUUUCGGAAAGUAGUUUUAUUAGCGAGUCUGAUCCUGAUGAAGUUGAUAAUUCUGAUUCUCCUGUUUCUGUGGAGAGUUGUCUAACUUAUUUCACUAAGCCGGAACUUCUCUCCAACGAAAAUGGAUAUAACUGUGAGAAAUGCUUAAAAAGACUGCAACAACAAAGGUUGGAAAUGAAGAAGCAAUCAAAAGUUGCUCGCGAAGUUGUAGUAAAUGGAUGUCAAACUGCAGUAGGGGGUGAUAUAUCAUGUUUGAAUGAGAACUCUUCAGUUGAAGUAAAAAAUCAAAGAAAUGUGAGUUUAGUAAAUGGUUCCAUGUGUUAUAGUAGUGGUGAAAGCAUGAAUUUGCAUGAGAAUGUAGAUUGUUCCAGUCAAGUAUGCACAAAACCUGCUGAUUGCCAGACAGGCAAGCUGAAUUCCCUCGUUUUGGAUGAGAAUGAAGCAAAGGUUGACGGAGACGUGAAUUCCGGGCAAGCAUAUUCUUCAGGUUGUAGUAACACCAGCAAUCGAGAGAAUUCAGAUGAUAGAUCCAGUUAUUCUCUUUCCAACAAUGAUUCUAGAGGCAGUGGACUUGCAAAAUCUAAUAUUGAGCCCUUGAGUUCUCAAAUAUCUGUAGAGAACAGCGAAUUAGAAAAAAGUGAGGAUGGUGAGAUGGAUUCUGACUCCACAAUUGUGAAUGUGAAAAGAGAUGCAACAAAAAGGUUUCUCAUUCACAAGGCCCCUCCUAUUUUGACAAUUCAUAUAAAGAGAUUCAGUCCCGAUGCUCGCGGUCGUUAUAGUAAAUUGAAUGGUCAUGUCAGAUUCAAGGAAACAAUUGAUCUUAAACCAUACAUGGAUACCAGGUGUGAGGAUAGAGACAAGUGUAGUUAUCGGCUGAUCGGGGUCGUGGAGCACUCUGGAUCUAUGAGAGGAGGCCAUUAUGUUGCAUACGUGAGAGGGGGCAGCAGGAGGAGGAGCAGUGGGGAAGCUGAGGAAGAUGCUUCAGUGUGGUAUUAUGCAAGUGAUGCCUGCGUAAAUGAGGUUACUCUUGAUAGGGUCCUUUGUUGCGAGGCAUACAUCCUAUUUUAUGAGAUAACAUGACAAAUCUUUGGCUAACAGAUGCUUACUUCUUCAUUGCCUCCAACAGAAGAGAGAGAGGGAUUUGCAGGUGAGUGUACAACAACUGUUUUACAAAAGAUUUUUUCCCCCGUAAAAAAUCCAUUCUUUUGAUCCAUUAGAUAUAGGUUUUGAAAUAUGAUUUUUGAUUAAAUUUGUGUUGUUGCCAUUUUCAAUAGGAGGGAGGGGGUGGGGGGCUUGGGAGUUGACCCUUUUUCACCCCGGAUUUUGUUAUAUGAGAUAUAUGAAUAUGCUGAAAUUGUUUUUUUUUUUUUUUCCAUCUCUACUUUUCCUUGUGACUUUCUAAAAAAUGGAAAUAUUUAUCUUAACGGAAAAUUAGAUUUCUGAGUAUGUUUUUGGAUGGGACAUAAAAAAAUUGAGAGUGCAGCAUAGUUCAGCAGCUAAUCCAUUGGUAACUUUUCCUAUACUUUUAAUAUUGGCAUAAUUAAGAUUAACUAUGUUGAAUCUCUAUUUUAUUUGUCAGUUUUAUCAAAUAUUCCAAUCUCUCAAUAUUACGACUUUUGAAGAUUCAAAGUCAUCUUGUGAAGGUCCUUUGUGAUGAGAACGAGUGUGAAUUUCAUAUAUUAAUUAUUCCUUCGUUCUCCAAAUGUAAGAUAUGCUUAAAAAAUGGACGUGUCUUUGAUUGACAUGUGAUUUAUUUUUAAGAGUUGGUUUGAUCAUAAAUAUUU